UUGAAAUUCCCAACCUUCUCUUAACUCAUCGUCUUUUUCUUUCUUCUAUUUGUUCCCUCUCUUCCUCCAGUGCCUGAUUUAAUCCCUAUCUUGCAUUCAAGUUUCCGACAGACCAUGAAUUUGAGCGAGGCCGUUUCAACUCCGGAUGACCUUGAGCCUCUAUUCGAUUACCGCCGUGUUCAACCCCAAAAUAUCGUUUGCAUCGACGAUGACUGUUCAGGUACUUCACCAGUUCCGUCACCAAAACGGAGGAAAUGCCCUAAAUCCGUUGUUGCGGAAGUAGAUUUGGAUAAAGAUGUUGAACUAAUAAAGGUUGUGAAUGUUGAAGAGGAGGAUUGGUUGGCACCCCCUCCUAUGGUUUCAAGUAAUGCUCAUAGGAAGGUUGGUGAGGAUUCAACCAUAAAGGAGUUAAGGUUGUAUGCCAACAAAGCUAAGCUUGAACUGCAAAGCUUAGUUUUUUCUUUUGAUGGCGAUAAAAUUAAUGUGGAUGCAACUCCUGCAAGCCUAGAAAUGGAGGAUGAUGACAUAAUCAAGGUGCAUGUGAAGAAGUGCUGAUCGAGAGGUUUUGUAUGAAUUGAUGUAGGAUUCCGUCUUAAGAGUCCGAAAGGUUUCCAGAUACUGAAUAAAACUUUGAAGAUGUGCACUCUUUCAAUGAUCAUCUUUUUUGGGUCUGUUACCGAAGUUUAUGUUGCACAUUUCACAAUUGUAGUGGGAUGAUGUUUUGAAAAUGAUCAUAAAUAGUCUUUUCAUCAAAGCUUUCCUACAGCCUUGCUGUGAGGAAAUGAUUGGUAGACUCACAAAUGUAACUGGUGACUGCUUCGAUAAACUACUUGUGAAGGCAUGAAUAGCUAAAGAUGAUACUCUCGUUACUCUUUGUUUUAUUUUUGACUCACAAAUGAUUGGUAGACUCACAAA